UGACAUCUCUCCUGUUCUCCGUUGUGGUGUCAUGCGUCGCUGAUUACUGAUACUACAAAGCCGCGAAGAGAUCGAGUGAGCCGCAGCCCGGCACCAACAGAGUGACCCCUCGUCACGUGGGUGGGCAUCAGAGCCGACGUCUCGAACGUUGUACAGACCAGCAACGUCAGCAUCAUCCCUUUGAGCACUGCCGUACACUCCUCGUCAUGCCCCGCGCAGCUCUAGUCACCGGAUCCACAAGCGGCAUCGGGCUCGGCAUCGCGACAGCCCUCGCGGGCGCAGGAUACGACGUCAUGCUGAACGGGUUUGGCACAGAAGCCGAGAUCGCGGCCCUCGUCUCCUCCCUCUCAUCGCACGGCGUGCGCGUGUCGCACCACCCGGCGGACAUGUCGGAUCCUGCUCAAGUUGCGGCGCUGGUAGAGGCCACCGUGUCCGCCUUCGGGCGCCUGGACGUGCUCGUGAACAACGCGGGGAUCCAGCACGUGGCGCGCACCGAAGACUUCCCCGCCGAGCGGUGGGACGCCGUGAUCAGCAUCAACCUCUCGGCCGCGUUCCACGCGACCAAAGCCGCGCUCCCGCACAUGCAGCGCCGCGGGUGGGGCCGCAUCAUCAAUAUCGCGAGCACGCACGGCCGCGUCGGGUCCGAAGGCAAGUGCGCGUACGUGGCGGCCAAGCACGGCCUCAUCGGCCUCACCAAGGUCGUCGCGCUCGAGAAUGCGAAUGCCGGGAUCACCGCCAACGCUAUCUGUCCCGGGUGGGUCGAGACGGCCCUUGUGCAGCGGCAGGUGGCUGCGCGCGCCUUAGAGGGCGGGAUCAGCGAGGCCGAGGCGGCCGAGCGCCUUGUCGGCGAGAAGCAGCCUAUGAAGCGCUUCACGCGCCCCAGCUCUGUUGGCGCCCUCGCUGUGUUCCUGUGUAGCGACGCGGCCGAGACGAUUACCGGCAGCGAGCAGGUCAUCGACGGCGGGUGGACUGCGCAGUGAAGCCGCUCGCUCAACCUUUUGAACAGACUCCACGCCCGCUUAUCUUCCUAGAGACCUAGACUAGACCCCAAUGCACACCCGCUCGUAUCGA